AUGGCAUCGCCAGAGCAGACACAAGGCUCAGCACCUGCCACCCAAGCUCUCACACCACCCGCCGAAUCCUCCACAAACGGCGUCGCGCCCGCCUCCCAGGCCCAGCCCAAUGUUCCAGCCGCAGCCCCCCAAACCUCCACAGCCGCACAACCCCCACAAGUCCCAGGGACAUCAGCUCAGGAUAGCGGGAAAUCGCGACGACCACGCGAUGUCCGACUGGUUCACAUGCUCCUCGCCUCGCUCGGGGUAACCUCAUACCAAGACCGGGUGCCUCUUCAACUCCUCGACUUCGCAUACCGAUACACGGCGAAUGUGCUACAAGAUGCAGUGCAUCUUGCAACGGAAGGCUACGCUGCUGCGACAGACGGUGCGGCGGGCACAAAGGGCACUGCGGAAGUCAACAGCGUGUCUCUGCCGGCAUUGCGUUUGAGCAUUGCUUCUCGUCUACACUUCCAGUUCCAGACUGGGCUGCCGAAGGAAUUCCUGAUGGAUGUUGCGUCGGAGCGGAACCGGAUUGCUUUGCCUGGUGUUUCGCGAGGCGGCUUCGAUCCUGCCGCUGGUGCUCCUAACGGGGCGGUUGCUGCGAAUCAGAGUAUCUCAAUGGGUGGAAUGCGCUUGCCCCCUGAGAGAUUCUGUCUUACAGGCUUGGGCUGGGAUAUGAAGGAUGAGUGGGAUAGCGAGGGCGAGGAGGAUGUGCCUGAUGCGCCACAGACCACCGGGAAUGGGGUUGGAGGUGACGGGGCUGGAGACAGAGAGGAUGGCGGCGAUGAAGACGAAGAUGAUGGCAAGAUGGAGGAUAUCUUUGGCGAGGAUACUACUAUGGGCGAGGCUGGUGAUGGUGAUGAAGACCGGAAGAUGACUGAUGUUUAA